AUGUAUAAACUACCUCCUUUGCCUUAUGCUUACAAUGCCCUGGAGCCAAUCAUAUCAGCACAGAUAAUGACCCUCCACCAUUCAAAACAUCAUCAAACCUACAUCAACAACCUGAACGCUGCCCUCUCAGCACAAGAAGCCGCUACUGUCUCCAACGACAUUUCCGCAUUACCCGCUAUUAAGCAGAAGAUCAAGUUUAACGGCGGUGGCCACAUUAACCACUCCUUGUUGUGGCGCAAUCUCGCCCCCGUAGGUUCAGCAGAGACCGACAUCAACGCCGUUGCUCCUACCGUUAAAGCCGCAAUUGAAGCCAAAUGGGGGAGUAUCUCCAAAUUCAUCGAGGGCUUCAAACAGACGCUUCUCGGUAUUCAGGGAAGUGGGUGGGGAUGGCUCAUCGCCAAACAAGAUCCGGCCGAAAUGAACUCCAAGACUCUGGAUAUUGUCACGUCUAAAGAUCAGGAUGCGGUAGUGACAUGUGAUGAUAGCGUUGUGCCGCUCGUUGGAGUGGAUAUGUGGGAGCAUGCUUAUUAUUUGCAGUAUUUGAAUAAUAAAGCAGGGUAUGUCACUGAGAUUUGGAAGAUUAUAAACUGGAAGGUUGCUGAAGAGAGAUUUGCUCGCGGUGUUCAAGGGGAAGUUUCUUUCAAGCUAUAA